ACCAUGCGGUGUCCGGAGUUCAGUCAGUGAGAGGAAGCGCUCCGUGGGCUUAGGGCUGUGCUGCGUGUGCGAAAUAGUAAAUAACGACUGUGCGUGCGUGCUGAAGGAAAUCACACAUUUUCUGACAGAUAUAGGGGAGACUUGUGCCGGAAUGCGGCGUUGUUGUUGACCACCUCAGCAGCUGUCUCUCUGUGUAUCUGUGUGUAUAUAUAUAUAUAUAUGUGUGUGUGUGUGUGUGUGCAUGUGUGUGUGCGUGGACUUUGACGGGGACGACGGGCAAGGACAAAAAUGCCACUACGGGAAUCAGUAACUCUGUGCUGUCUGGAACGGCGGAAAAAACACUGACUGCCUUUCAAAUAUUCACUUUGGAUCUACCUUACCACACAUCUGGAUUUUUCCCCUCCUUUCUUCUUCUUCGUAGAGUAUUUCUCAGUUUUCCUUCCCGAAGAACGGUGACUCACUGCAGGCAGAAGGCGAGCCGCUGCAUCCUAAUCAGACAGCGGAGAGGACUUCAGCUCAUUGACAUUACAGUCAUACUUUUCUGGAGCACUUUUUUUUUUAUUUCCACUGCGCUGCACUGUAGCCUGCGUGUGCAUUGGAGGCUUGUGGCUUUCCCCCCUCUCCCCCUCUUCACAAAGAGGAGAAGGAGGAUACGGGUGGCACCUACCGAAGUGGGCUAAGGAGACGAAACUCUCCCUAAACCCUGCUGGAACUGACUGUUUUUAAUUUUUGUCUUUCUCCUUUUGUUGUUAUUAUCUUUUUUUCUUUUUUUGUACAGUUCUAUCCUUGGACUAUUUGCGCAGUUUCUUUUGGUGGUUUUGAACACUUUGCAGUGACUAUUCUGUUUGGAGACUGGAUCCCGAUUAUUGCUCAGAUGAGUCUGGAUGCUCAGCUGAAUAUAAAUUAGGUGCUCAGCGCCACCGAUUGCUCGCAGAGGAAGAGAGCGACAGAGCAAAAACAAUCCACAAAGACAAAUGUCAAGGCCUCGCAUGAUGAACAGAACUCUUUAUUUUGUCCUGGAUAACAGAAAUACCACAUUUGAGCAAAAUAUCAACAGUUAAAAGGAGGGGCUAAUUUCAACACAGAUCAUAGCAGCUUUUAACUGAGUGGAGAUGUAUCUUUCUAUUUUCUUUUUCCUGCUCUUGUGGGCUCAAGCCCUGACAUUGAAAAACUUGAAUUACUCUGUCCCAGAGGAGCAGGGUCCGGGUACAGUGAUUGGGAACAUUGCCAAAGAUGCCAGACUUGGAAUUGAACAGACUGGGCAGGGAGGACAGGGUAAGAAAGCCAACUUCAGAGUGCUGGAGAACUCAGCCCCGCAUCUCAUCGACGUGGACCCACAAAGCGGAUUGCUGUAUACGAAACAGCGCAUCGACAGGGAAACAUUGUGUAAGAGAAACCCCAAGUGCCAGCUCUCAAUGGAAGUGUUUGCCAACGACAAGGAGAUAUGCAUGAUCAAGAUAGAUAUUCAGGACAUCAAUGACAACUCACCUAUGUUUCCUUCGGAUCAGAUUGAUAUUGACAUUUCUGAAAAUGCAGUCCCAGGGACACGCUUUCCCCUGACCAGCGCACAUGACCCAGAUGCAGGGGAAAACGGCCUGAAAACCUAUCAAAUAACACGCGAUGACUACAAUCUCUUUUCUUUGGAGGUAAAAUCCCGUGGUGACGGGACUAAAUUCCCAGAAUUAGUUAUUCAACGACCACUGGACCGGGAAGAAAGAAGCCAUCACACCCUUAUAUUGUCAGCCACUGAUGGGGGCGAAUAUCCUAGAUCAGGCACCAUGCAGAUAAAUGUUAAAGUUAUUGAUUCCAAUGAUAACAGCCCUGUGUUUGAUCAGCCCUCGUAUGUUGUGGAAAUUCCUGAAAAUUCACCUCCUGGAAAAGUCUUGAUUGAUCUAAAUGCCACCGAUCCUGAUGAGGGGAACAAUGGACAAGUAGUCUAUUCCUUUAGUGGCUAUGCUCCAGAGAGAAUCCGAGAGCUUUUCUCCAUAGAUUCAAGAACAGGAGUCAUAAAGAUUCAGGGUGAAAUUGACUAUGAAGAAAGCCCAGUUAUUGAGAUUGACGUCCAGGCAAAGGAUCUAGGUCCCAAUCCAAUCCCAGGCCAUUGUAAAGUGACCGUUAAAGUGCUUGACAGGAAUGAUAACUGGCCAUCUAUAGGCUUUGUGUCUGUGAGACAGGGGGCCAUCAGUGAGGCAGCUCCUCCAGGCACUGUCAUUGCUCUGGUCCGUGUCACAGACAAGGACUCAGGCAGGAAUGGGCAGCUUCAAUGCAGAGUCCUAGGUAAUGUACCUUUUAAACUCGAAGAGAACUAUGACAACUUUUACACAGUGGUGACAGACAGGCCCUUGGAUAGGGAGAUGCAGGACGAGUACAAUGUCACCAUUGUGGCCAAAGACAACGGCAUACCUCCUCUGAACUUCACAAAAUCCUUCACAGUAAAGAUCCUGGAUGAGAAUGACAAUACCCCUCGCUUUACCAAGUCAGUCUACCUUCUUCAGAUUCCUGAGAACAAUAUACCUGGGGAAUACCUGGGGUCAGUUCUGGCACAUGACCCAGACCUUGGGCAAAAUGGCACCGUGUACUACAGCAUAAUUAACUCCAAUGUUAGUGGGGGUGAUGUCAACACCUAUGUUAAUGUAAAUGCUGCUAAUGGAGCCAUCUAUGCUGUCCGAUCUUUUAACUAUGAGCAAAUAAAAUAUUUUGACUUCAAGGUUCUGGCUAAGGAUGCAGGAUCUCCGCACUUGGAGAGCAAUGCUACAGUGCGCAUCAGUGUUCUGGAUGUCAAUGACAACAUCCCUGUCAUAGUUUUGCCGCUUCUUCAGAAUGAUACCGCUGAAAUCCACGUGCCACGUAAUGUUGGCGUUGGCUACAUUGUCACCACAGUGAGGGCGGUAGACAAUGACUACGGUGAAAGUGGGCGGCUUACCUAUGAGAUAUCAGAUGGCAAUGAGGAACAUCUCUUUGAGAUUGAUCCAGUGACCGGCGAGGUACGAACGGCUCACCCAUUCUGGGAUGACGUGAGCCCCAUUGUUGAGCUGAUCAUUCGAGUAUCGGACCACGGCAAGCCGACUCUGACCGCUGCCGCCAGGCUCAUCAUCAAGGCCUCCAAUGGACGACCUCCUGAUGGACUGCCGCACAUGAAGGACAAUCAGAACUGGGACAUGUCUUUGCCUCUUAUUGUAACUCUUAGCAUCAUAUCUAUCAUGCUUUUGGCUGCCAUGGUGACCAUAGCUAUCAAGUGCAAGCGGGAAAACAAGGAGAUUCGCACUUACAAUUGUCGCAUUGCAGAGUACUCGCACCCGCAGCUGGGGAAAGGGAAGAAGAAGAAGAUUAACAAGAACGACAUCAUGCUGGUGCAGAGCGAGGUGGAGGAGCGGGAUGCCAUGAAUGUGAUGAAUGUGGUAAGCAGCCCUUCCUUGGCCACCUCUCCCAUGUACUUUGACUACCAGACACGUCUGCCACUCAGCUCACCAAGGUCAGAGGUCAUGUACCUCAAACCCACUGCCAAUAACCUCAGCGUGCCCCAAGGCCACGUGGGAUGCCACACCAGCUUCACAGGCCCAGUCACCAGCACCACAGACACACCUACUAACCGCAUGUCCAUCAUACAGACGGACAAUUUCCCCACGGAGCCUAAUUAUAUGGGUAGCAGACAACAGUUUGUUCAAAGUAGUUCAACAUUCAAAGACCCUGAGCGAGCAAGCCUCAGAGACAGCGGUCAUGGUGACAGCGACCAGGCUGACAGUGACCAGGACACCAACAAAGGCUCCUGCUGUGAUAUGUCUGCAAAAGAAGCCCUCAAGCUGAAGGCUGCAGGCGUGAAACCACCACCCCUGGAGCAAGAUGAGGAUUGUCUGAACUGUACAGAGGAGUGCCGGGUACUCGGUCAUUCUGACCGCUGCUGGAUGCCCCAGUUCCCCACUGGAGGAAACCAGGCAGAGGGUAUCGACUACCGCAACAAUAUGUUUGUGCCAGCAGGGAUGGAGACUGUGCCAGAGACAGAGACCUACGAGACUGUCAACCCCAAUGGCAAGAAAACAUUCUGUACUUUUGGCAAGGAGAGACGUGACCACACCGUCCUGGUUGCCAACGUCAAGCCCUACUUGAAGGCGAAACGUGCUCUCAGCCCACUGCUCCAAGAGGUACCCUCAGCCUCCAGCAGUCCUACCAAGGGCUGCUUCACCAUGUCUCCUUGCUCCUCAGUCAAAAGCCCCGCCGACGGGGCCGAAGGCAAACCACCUCCGGCCACCUGCUCUGGUCACUAUGGUCCUCCUGAUGGUCAGUACCUGUCACCCACCAAACAAACCAGAGAACAGGGGGUCUACCCUUCCUUGCCUCCUUCAGACCCAGUGGCCAAGGUGCUCGCAGAGGCUCGCUCUAGGAUCAGCCAAGAGGCAGCAGGUGAAAUGGAGUGUGUCCUGGAGCAGGUGGAGCCAGAUGCAAGCCGUGACGGAAUGGACGCUGACCAGGUGGUGAGAGACAUCGACAAACUAUUGCAGGACUGCAGGGGAAGUGAAGCCACUGGCACGCUCAGGAAGUGACACAAAGAACUGCAGCAAAAAGAAGUCAAGACGGUAGAGAGAGGAGUAGGGUGCUAUUCCACAAACUCUCAUACCAAAACUCUCACCAAAACAAACUGAAAAAAGCUUAAAUGGCUCUUAUGACAGGAGCUCUUUUCACUGUAUUUGUCGUAAGAAAACACUGAACAUUUAAUAUAUCAGUCAUUCAGCACCAGUUUCGGUGCUGAGAUCCCUACCAACAGAAAGGAACUUGGUAACAAACAUCUGAAUUCUUCUGAAUUUAUAAACUCUUAUGUUUUGGAUUCCUAAGCAAAUUGCAGAGGUUCUCGCCUCAAGCACCUCGCAAGCUUAUUAUCUAAGUGCCCACCAGCUCAUAAGUGUGUUGUUCAUGGUCUCGUGAAAUCCUACAUAUUUAAGUGUGUAGGUGGAUUUCUGUUAUGUGUGAUGGACAUCAAAAACGAUCGAAAAAGGACUAUUUAUGGUCAGAUGCGACAAUCGACGUGGACGCAGAAACAAAUUCUAAUCGUUUUGGGGCAGUCAAAAGACCGAAAUCCACAAGCCGACAUUAUCCUUUUUGAAUUUAAUCUAAGUGUUUGGAUCCUGUGUCUGAAAAGAUUGGUUAAUCAGGGGUGUGUUCGCAGGGGUUUGUUAUGAACUCGGGGGUCGGAGUGGCUUCAGUGUCCCGCUGAAGGUGAAUUAUUACCAGUGUAACCAUGCUUCACCUGUCAUCUGUAGCUACAUGUGUAAGCUGUGUCUGUCUCACACCUCUAUUUAAAUGUUCACGUUGCUGACCGGUGUAGCUGCACGCACACAAGUUUACACACGUGCACUACACUUUGCGCAAACAUACGCUGACACACGCACUGAUGCCUCACCACACUCAAACAAACACACACACACACGCACACAUAGACACAAAUGCUUAAACACAACUGUCCAUCUGUGGAAUUGUCCUAUACAUGUACGUCAUCAGCUUUCAGUCCCUUGUGUACGGUGAAUUAUCAUGUGUGUGGCUCUGCCUUAAGGCAAGUUGUAAAAAAAAAAAAGGGACAUUUUUCCUCAACUGUGAAAAGAUGAUAUCUAUAUGAUUAUAUAGAUGACUGUAUGUAUGAAUCCAUGUAUAGUGUCCAAAUAUUAACAAAAAUAUUUAUACAUUUUGUAAGAAAACGAAAAAAAAAAGAAGACGAAAUGAGGAAACUAAACGAAAUGUGUCCUGGCGUUAAGGUCGAGAGCGGCGUAUUAACUGAAAGAACUACAGAGGACACUGCCAUUGUUUCGAAGACAAAUAUCCAAAAAUAUAAGCGAAGAAGAAAAUGUCCCUUCACAUUCUCACUAUACAUAAUAUCAUUAUAUGUGUAAAUGUAUCCAAUUUAGAUGUGUUUACAUCAAAAAAAGUUGACAUAUUUUUUAUUGAUUUUACUGCAAUUUCUGUGCAUUUGAGCCAAAUUGUUAUGUGUACAAAAGCUAUAUUGUGUAUUUUAUUAAAUUAAUAUAUAGUUGUGUUGCAAUAUACUUGGGCUUAUAUUGUAUUUGGCAAAAGUUGCCUUAGUAGCUGUCGAACUCUGUGAGUUUGCUUUAGUUUGGGUUUUAUGUUGGUGUUUUCUCUUUUGUUUCGUUUUUUUCCAUCUCUAUUCUGCAUCUUUGCAGGCUGGCUUCAGUGCUUUUGAGAUGUCGCCUCUUUUUACCCUGAGAUCCAGCUGGAUCAGAUACAAUAACUGUUGAAAGCUUCAUGAGCCAGCUGAUCUAGAAUACGGUUCGAACCAACGACAAAAAGCAACAACCACAAGAAAAAAAACAGUUCAAAUAUUUUUGCUGAGCAGAUUUUUACAGGGCAGCUAUUUUCUUUAACUAGUAUACGUAUUUUCUGUUCAUUAUGUUUUUACUUUAUCUCCAAAAAAAGAAACCUGCCAUAUGGAAAGUGGAGUGGUUUCCUUGGUGAUCAUAAAACUGCCUUACUGUCUCUGCAGAGAGCUUGUUGUAUCUGUGGAGCUUGUGACUGCUUAUAAAGCCCUGGUCCACCAGAAUGUGCAUUUUCUAUAAAGGACCAAACGAGGUUCUUUUUUCAGCAGUCUGUGUUGUUUAUGUAUGUACUCAAUACCUGUUAGAAUUAUCAUAGUUUGCAGAGAAACUUGACAUCUAAAAUUCUAUCUGAAGUUCUCUUUUUUUUCCUUUUUUUUGAUGUCUUUGCUGUUUAGGUACAUGGUUUUAUAGAGCCAUGUGACUUCGCAUUCAGGCUUUCUUAAGAGGAAUAAAAAAGAUACAGACAUUUAUUUUUGAAACAAUUUUGGCACAUUUCGGCCACUCUCUGAAAUAAUAGCGGGAGGUGCUUUUUCUAAUAUUCUCUGGUGGUAAAAUACGCAGAACAGUAGGCUACUAGAUUAGAUGUGUUUUGGAAAAAUGUGACCACAAUCACCAAAUGUAUGUGGAGAUGCAGCCAUGAGAGGGAACAGUGACUUCAGAUCCAUACGACUCCUGGUACGUUUAACACCGGGAAGAGCUGAAUGGGAAUCUCAACAGCAGAUAUAACACCCUCAGUCCUGUGAACACAUCACAUCCGAGUUCUUUUGCUUCCUUUUUCUUAAUUGAGAUGCAUGUUUGGACAUUCUCUUGUCAGUCUGCCAUUUUGUUGUACCUACUUGCCAUGUUUUUUUACAUUUUGUGCAUUCUACCCUUCAUUUGCUUACUUUUCUCCUCCUAAGCCACUGGCUUUCUCGCCUCUGUGGAGCAAAGUAUGCGUUGCCUUUUUCUCCUCUCUUUCAUCUGCAGAGUAUUUGGUUUCGUCUUACCCUUGCUCUUUUUCCUGGGAGAUGGCAGAGGCUGUUUUUAGAGAGGGCUUGGAGGAUUUUGACAGAGGAAGAAAAUAUUUAUGGCUCUUUUUAAAUGAGUUUUUUUCCUCUCUCCUUGUUGUUAUCUCUCUCAAAUAUCUGGAUAAAUCAAGCAAACCUGACAUUCACAACAUACAAACAGUUAAAAUGUGCUGUUCUACGAGCACGCUACAACUGUGAUCCAUAAAAAAAAGUCUUGUCACACACACAUACACAAAAAUAACACCAAGGCACUUCAGCUACACACUGCCUUUUAUUUAAAUGCUAGCCCCUUGGAGGUAAAGGCUCAAAGAGAGGGCAAAACACUACCCAGACAAAUGUGACACUUCCACACUUUUCUUCAUGCUUUAUUUUUCUUUUUAUCUCUUUGUGCUCAGUCUUCAUGCUCGAACAAGCUUUCUGUGCGUGUGUGUGCGCGUGCAGAAUUCACUUUCAUGCCUUCAUAUUUUGACUAAACACUCCUUGAUUUCUGUUCCUUCUUUUCGAGAGGUUUAAUUCGCCCUUAAAUUAAACCGCUUUUGUUGCACUGUCUCUUUCUUUUUUCUUUUUCUUUUUUUUUUUACUUUGACAUUCACUGAACAACAAAGGUCAGAGGUCAUCCCAGGAUUCUUGAGCCCUGCUGCUGAAAGUGCUGUCCCCUCUAAUGGCGUUCCACAGGCCCAGCCACUGUCUGUACGCUCCCAAACGUGAGGGCAAAUGGGGAAAUGAGCUGGGUUCAGUGGACAGAAGGUAUUCUUUAAAGCCAUGGCCCCUCUCUCAGGCUUUUUGCUGUUUAAUAAAGCAGAGGCUGCUGCUGAGGUCAACACAUAGUGGGAGGUGGAGCACAAUGUAAGGCCUUUCAUUGUUGUCUAAUUACACACUGUUGGCAUCAUACACUGUUAGCAGUGCAUUACUGAACUCUAGAGUGGGUUAUUUUUGCCCACUUGAGACUGUUGGUUUUAUCAAGUGAUUAGGACAGGGCCUUGUUGAAUGUGGCUAACCACCUCUGGUCUCUGACUCACACCGACGCAGGUGCACAUGGACUCAGACAGCCACUGCUUCACACACACAGACAACAUGCCUUUUUUUUUUUGGUAGUUACAGCAAGCACCCAAUGUUUGUCAGUGUUGUCCCCUCACCCUCCAGGCCCGCACUGAUAGCAUAGGACUCCACGCUACAAUGGGCAGCUGGUGAAAAGACCAGAGACAUUCAUUUGUAUGGAUUAUUUCAACUGCUAUUGUCUAAAGGCUGUGUUCAUUGUGAUCUAUCUGAAAAAAAAAAGAAAAAAAAAGAUGAAAAGUUCAAAUAAAAAAAGCAAUUACUAA